UCCGCAGCGGCCGCACGACUCUUGGUGGCUUGCGAACGCAACGCUCCAGUUCACGUCGGCCUCCUCCACGAGCACGCGGCCCAGCGAGCACGCGCACGUGUCGCGGACGCCGCUGUUCACCGCUCCUGCCUUGCUCGGUGGCGUCAAACACCAACGGAAACUCAAGGUUCAUCACCGACGGUUGUGGUCCUGGCCGAGGAUCGUACGCGUUCAGGGUUAGAGCAAUUUGAACGGUUUAAAAAAAAUGUGUGUUCGUGAGUAGAAAUGACGAACGUUAUCAAUAGGCAACACACUUGUGUUCAACCUCUAGCAUGUGCAUCAGGAUAAUGGAAGAUUAAGGGAAUCCAGAAAUCAGAAUUACGUUUUCUGAAUGCAGCACAUUGUACAGAAGACAACGGCGGUGACAUCUUCCUAAGCCGUGAACCAAACAGCAGCGAGAGAGUGCCGGGCGCCAUGCCGAACGUCACGGACACGAACGCGACGCUCAGCGAAGAGACGCGCCAGAUGCUCACGGGCAGCCUCACCACCGUCGUGCUGCCGUGCAUCUAUCUCGUGGUGCUCGCCGUCGGCCUGCCGGUGCACGCCACGGCCCUCUGGGUCUUCCUGUUCAAGACGAAGACGCGCACGGCCUCCAACGUCUACAUGGUCAACCUGGCCGCGGCAGACCUGCUCUACGUCCUCUUCCUGCCGCUGCAGAUCGCCUACCACUUCCGCGGCAACGACUGGCCGUUCGGCCGCCCGCUCUGCCACGUCUUCACGCUGCUGCUCUACACCAACACGCACUGCUCCACCUUCCUCCUCACCUGCGUCAGCGUCGACCGCUACCUGGCCAUCGUGAGGCCGCUGCAAGCGCGCCACAUGCACGGCGCGCGCCGCGCCGCCCUGGUCACCGCGGGCAUCUGGCUCCUGACCCUGGCCAUGCUGUCACCCAUACAGUCGAUAAACCUCCUCAACCACGUCCAGGAGCUGAACAUCACCACCUGCUACGACGUCUUCCCAAAAGGAAAGGACGUCGUCACAUUCUUUCUCAUCUACUGCGUCGUCUUCGUGGCCGUAAACUUCUUUGUCCCCGUUUGCAUCACCGUAUUCUGCUACGUGUCCAUCAUUCGGGCGCUCACAAAGGCCAAGCUGGGCUCCUGUUGCGACGGGCGGAACAACGAGGACAUCCGCAAAGGGAUCCAGCUGUCGGUCGUGGUCCUGGUCACGUUCGUUCUUUGCUUCGCGCCGAACAACUGCGUGCUGUUGGCCCACGCGCUGCUCCACUGGACGAAGAAAAACAGCGACCUCUACGGCAUCUACAAGCUCAUGCUGGCCUUCAGCAGCCUCAACACCUGCUUCGACCCCAUCGUCUUCUACUUCGUGUCGAGCGAGUUCCAGGCGCGCGUGCUCAGCGCGCUGUCCUGCUGGUGGCGCCCGUCGACGUCGAGCCGCCCCGAGCUGCUGCGCGGGAGCAGUGGCACGGGCAGGGACGACUCGGAGCUCCUGCAGGAUGCGCCGGGGAGAGGCGAUCAGACGGGAACGUCCACGACGGUGUCGUCUCCCAUCUGAAGUGCCUACAACGGUGUCAUCUAGCGUCUCAAGUGCCCACGACGGAGUUGUCUCCCGUCUGAAGCGCCCACAAUUGUAUUGUCUUCCGUCUGAAGAGACCACAACGGUAUUGUCUCCCGUCUGAAGAGACCACAAUGGUAUUGUCUCCCGUCUGAAGUGCCUACAACGGUAUUGUCUCCCGUCUGAAGAGACCACAACGGUAUUGUCUCCCGUCUGAAGCGCCCACAACGGUAUUGUCUCCCGUCUGAAGAGACCACAACGGUAUUGUCUCCCGUCUGAAGAGACCACAAUGGUAUUGUCUCCCGUCCGAAGUGCCUACAACGGUAUUGUCUCCCACUAUAGGAACCUCAUUUGCCAGUAAAAAUAUGAUAAUUGGUUUUUUACCCUUCUAUCUGGCAACAAAACUGACACCUUUUUACAAGGAGUCAUGUUUGCAUACACCGCAAUACAAACAAAAGUGCCUACAACGGUAUUGUCUCCCGUCUGAAGAGACCACAAUUGUAUUGUCUCCCUUUUGAAGCGCCCACAACGGUAUUGUCUCCCUUCUGAAGCGGCCACAACGGCGUCAUCUCCCUUCUGAAGUAGCUGGCUGGGGAGGAGGUCAAAUGCAGCUGUCAUUGUGAAAGAUUUUGAUGUUUUUAGUAUGCCCUAAUGUGUCAAUGAAGAAAAUGUUUUUUACGUUCCUCUUUUGUUUAACUUUUUAUUUGUGUUGGUGUGCAGCGUGUAUAUUUACAUGGCUGCCUUUAACACGGAAUAUUAACACGCGCUUGUAUUUAUACACUUUACAAACCUGAUCUGUUAUCACGAUGAAGCUUUUCUGAUUUCGGGACUGAAUGUUAAUUCAUUUCUGAUGUAUUCAUUAAAAACAUCCAAUUAACUCGAAAACGUAUAUUUCACAAAGCAUGCUCGUGACAAGUUGCUAAUCUCGAGCCCGAUUACCUCCACGUCCCACCCAACACGCACCCCUGGGUUUGUACGUGCCGUGAAACGACUUUACUAAAACCCUCGCUAUGAACCCAAGUUUUAAAAUAUAUAUUGUAAUGUCGCUGUGAAUAACGAUGGCGAUAGUGUGUCACUUAGUCUGACCCCCUUUUUAAUUUGUAUCAUACUACUUUAUUCUGGUAAUCAUAGUGUAGCUGUACUAAUACCCUGUAUAAUCAUGUUACUUGUAGCUCCCUGCUCGUCACUUUAACACGCAGACAUUAGCGACCAAUAUUUUCCUUAUUAAAGGUUUUUUUGGGUUAGAUCGCAUGGAUAUAAAUGUGUCGUUAACCCACCACCACCCGAAAUAGUCAAUUGGUAAGGUCUGUCACGUAAACAGAACGUGCCAAUUCGUUACUAGUACAGCACACCGCUUGUGUGUUGGAGAGUAAACCCAUGACAUUUACAAUCUGAGUAUCGUGACGUUUCGCUGAUAAUUACAACCAGCCUCAUCGGGCAAUUCUGGUUGCAAUUACCAGUGAAACGUCACAGUCAUUUCAAAUUGUAAACAUAAUGUUUUUACUCUCCAACACACCGGGGUGCUGAAGUAGUAACUACUUGAUUUGAAGCUUUCGUGACUGCAGGAAUCCACACUCUUUGGUUUUUUCGGUAAAGUCACGUAGGUAGAAAAUAACGUAAAUCAGCUUUCCCACCUGAUGAUGAUUGCUUGUGUUGCGCCCGAAACGUCGUGAUUUAUUUUAUUUUAUACCUACGUCACUUUACCGAAAGAACCAAAGAGUAUAGUAACUAAUUGGCACGUAUUGCUUAUGUGACAACCCUUACUAAUUGGCUGUGUCGUGUGGUGGCGGAUGUAACGACUGCUUGCCACCAUUUGGUGGUACAAACCAAAUAUCUAAGUAUCAACACUGCCGUGACCGGGGCAGCGUCGUACCACAGCAGACUUCCCACACGGUGGUACGAACUUUUAUGACCCCCAGAUGGACAAUAGCUGAAGCUGGAUUGUCAUCGGAUAUCCGAUCAGAUAUCCGAUUUAAAAUAACAUUUUUACAAACGUUGAACUUUUUUUGGAAAAUGAGAAUGAGGAGACCAUUUUAGUGCAGCCUUAGCUUUGAGGCCGAGUCAACGUAGGGGAGCUAGAUGCUCGCCGGCCGCAUCUGUCCCUGGAAGUCCACAUGGUUAUUUGGGGAAAGUGUGCUCUCUAAUCGUAUUUGACGUGCGUGCACGAAUGCACAUCUGUUACGGUUCAGGUACGUCAUUCUGAACGUGUGUCUGAGCAAAGUGGUCGAGCAGUGGAUAGCCCACGACUCUUUGAAUCCAGCGACCUGAGUUAAGAUUCUUAGCCAUGGCUAAGACCAGUGGUAUGUGAUAUCAUAACCUGGUCCUUGACUUCCCCGAGGUCGACUCAGCCUUAAAUGAGUACGUGGUACAGAAUGCAAACAUCGGCCGAGCAUGGUGAGAACCGCACUAAGCCCUCGUGCGCAGGUCCGGUACUGGCACUUGCCCUGAGAGUGUGUGAAAGGUUACAUGGGGAUCCUUUGUCUGUGUGUGUGUACGUGUCCACUAAUGCAGGUGCCUUCAUGAGCGCAGUAUAGUAACAAACCAACGCGUUUGAGGUAUUUUUAAAUAAAUAAUUGCAUGAGCAAUAUGUCUGCCACAUAUUGCACGAACAUUUUGCCAAGAAACUAUGGAUAUUUUGUGAAGAAAAAAGAAUGCUUGUGCUUAUUUGUAAAAUGCUUAUAAGCAAAACAGAAAUAUUUUUUUAGCUAAUGGUCAGUUGGCAAGUACAAAUAGAGGGCUCAAUAGUUUAUCUGAUUAAACCUAAAUAUAGGCAUCCACACAAACAAAUACUACUAACUAUUACUAACUCAUUUUUAUUUUACCGGACAAAGCCCACGGAACUGCGAGCUCUUUUUCAGAGGCGACUUGGCCAAGCGUGAUCGAUAGCUCGUCAUCGCAGAGGCUCAUAUCACCACGUGGGAAUUUAGAGCAGCGGCCAAAUAAUCUAAAGGCACGUUUAUAGAGCGUUUAUAGUUUAUAGAACGUCGUGGAGGGAAACCGGAGGACCAGGAGAAAAUCCACGUGACCAACAUGGGGCGAGGCAACACGCGGGGAUCCAAAUGUUGUACAAACAUUCAGCUCUGGGCAGCCAAGGACUGCACUGCCACCGAACAAUCCGAGGAGGAAGUCUCAGAGUUACUGAGGAGGUACUGGUGGGCUCGUUUCGCCCUUUGUAACGAGAGGAACCACAAGACUUGGACGAACCAUUGAGGACCAUCAGAGAGCGGGGUCAGUGAAAUGACGACAUCCCCAGGUCUACCUUGAGAAAGAGACGUGUGUAUUCUCAAAGGGCUCUCAACUGCU